GCCCGGAGACCAUGCGGGGUGCCACGUGGCUGGUGGCGCUGGUGGCGCUGGUGGCGCCGGUGGCGGCGGUGGCGCCGUGGUACGCCGACCCGCCGCUGCUGCCCGUGCUGGUGGCGGCCUCGCCGCACAUGCCCGCCGGCCAGUGCCGCAACCACUCGCGCCUCUUCGUGCGGCACCUGGACAACCUCACGCUGUGGGCCGUGCAGAUGCUGGACGCCUCGGCCAAGCUGCCCGGAGGGCUGGUGGACGGGGACGCACACGAGCUGGGCCACUUCGACGAGUGCCUGGCGGUGUCCUGGGGCGAGGUGCGUGGCCAGUACUGCCUGCUGGAGCUGCGCCUCGAGCCGCGGCGGUAUCCGGGGGACACCCGGCCGGGGGAUGCGCCCGACCCCUACGGCCUGCACUUCCACCCGGGCCUGCACGUCUGGGAGAAGCUCAAGGCGACGCCGGACCGCACCAAGACGCGCCGCGACACGCUGCACAUGGCGCUGUGCCUGCCCGCCUCGUGUGCCACUGCCUCGCUGCAGCGCGCCCUGGACGGCGAGGCGCGGGACUUCGGCGCUCGCACAGGGCUGCAGCUGUCCGCCCGGGCGGUCCCUGGUCGCUGCAGCACGGCGCGCCCCCCGCCGCCCUUCACAAUCGGCGAGACCGUCUACACCGCUGUGUUGGCAGUCCUGGUGCUCAUCGUGGUCGCCAGCACGUUCUACGACUGCACCUACUACCUCGACGAGAAGGAAUCGGAGGCGGGUGAAGGCUCCAAUAGCGUGGUGACGCUUGAACGGGCACUGCUGUGCUUCUCGGCCAAGAGGAGCCUGCACGGCUUGACCAAGAUGGUGCCCUACCACGAGGGCCUGGACGCCAUCGACGGAAUCAGGUUCUACUUCAUGAUGCUGGUCAUCUGCGGCCACCGGCUGUCAAUGUUCAACAGCAUGCCGACCCUGGAAGCCAACCAGUUUGAGCAGUUCUUUCACAAAGUGGCUACGGGCUUCCUGCUGAACGGCACACUCCUGGUGGACUUCUUCUUCUUGGUGAGCGGCGCUCUGCUCACCUACCACCUGCUGCUCUACAUGGAGAAGUCUUUCAAGGUCAACCUCUUCGCCAUAUUGGUCAUCCGAAUCUUAAGGUUGACACCUUCUUACAUCCUGGUGGUGUUUUUCCAUGCGACGAUAUUCUAUCGUCUGGGCUCGGGCCCACUGUGGCACGAGGUGAUAGGGCUGGAUCAGCAGCGCUGCGCCGAGAGUUGGUGGACCAAUCUUCUCUAUAUCAACAACUACAUAAACGUCGACAAGAUGUGCCUGUACCAGUCGUGGUACCUCUCCGUCGACACGCAGAUGUUCGUGGUGUGUCUGGUGCUGGUGUACUGCAUCGCGCGCUGGCCUCGCUGGGGCUACUCAGUCCUCGCCCUGUUGGGCGUCGUCUCCGUGGUAGUGCCUUUCCUGACCACAUGGUGGAAGCGCGCUGACGGAUUCCUCGUGCCUUACCCGGACACCACGAACGAUGUGAUCGCCUCCCGCUACUUCCAGGAGAUAUACAUCAGGACAGAGAACAGGAUGGCUCCUUCAUUGAUUGGCAUCAUGCUCGGCAUUAUCUUGAACAAAACAAGGGAUUCCGCGUUUAGACUUAACAUUUGGCAGUCGGUGGCGAGCUAUGCCGCGUGCUUCGUGCUGAUGGCGGCCUCCUUCAUGACCAGCUACUUCUUCCACAAGCCAGGACUGCGCUACGACCCAGUGUACGCCGGGCUGUAUGCCUCGCUGAGCCGCGUGGGGCUGGCUCUGUGCUUCGCCGGGCUCGCCCUCUGCGCCACCUUCGCCAGCUGGAAGCUGCCGCAGAGGUUGUUCUCGUGGCGCCCGCUGCGGGUGAUGAGCCGGCUGACGUAUGGUGCCUACCUGCUGCACACCAUCAGCCACUUCCUGGACAAGGGCACGCGCCGCGUGUCUCAGCAGUCCACCGUGUACGCCGGGUUAUGGAAGCUGUUGAGCGACGUGACGUUCUCGUAUCUGGCCUCGUUCCUGCUGAUGCUGCUGCUGGAGUCGCCCAUACGCUCGCUGGAGAAGAUGGUGUUUCGGCGCGCCAAGCCAUCGUCGUGAGAUCCCUCUUUGGACAGAUGGCGGGCCUCCGCGCUGCACUGGCCCGCCCCGUCUACGGUGUUCCUCAGCACUUCAUGUGAACUGUCUCCAAUCCGGAACUCUCCUGUCGGGCACGCUCUGUCGUCCGGCACCCAUCGAGCCAAUCGCGGUCGCAUUUGGCAUCCCCACAAAACUAUAUUGACGCUUGAUAGCUUGGCACAAUCGCCAAUUCGACCUAGCCAAGGUUCCGAAAGUGCCGAAUUUAAGACCUUUCACUGUACCUGAUCACUGUAACAAAGUUGUCGUACAUGAAUUCAUGAUAUCUCUCCUGCCUUUUGCUUAGGUAAACGCCAAAUGCAUAGGAAACGUACACUAUUCCCAACACAGUGUGAAAUUCACCAUGCAAAUAUGAUAGACAGUGAUGGACACAUGGGGGAUUAUGGGGUAAUAUAUCCCAGCCCCUCCCCUCCUUAACGGAGUUGAAAAAAAAUAAAAUAAAUUUAAAACUCAGUGAAGGCAGUGUGUUAUUUUGGGUAAUGCAACGUGACCUGUUACAAAACCUGGAAUUUCAACUGUGUGAGAAGCCGCAAAGACUAAUGCUACUUCUGUAGGCCCAUAUGUCAGUGUGUUAGUAUGUAAAUAAUUAUGAAAGUUUUUUUUUGAAUAUACCGUCGAAAACAUUUCUGUAUCCGCCACCUAUGAUACAUUGGCACUUGACGAUUUUUUUUCCUUCCGCGUGCAAGAGAGACAUCUUGAAUUCAUGAGAAUAUUCUUUAUUUAAUAUAAGUGUAAAUGACUUCAAUGGCGUGUUUAUAAAUGUUAACCUUAUUUUUUUACAGUGUGUCUCGUCAAUGUUUCAGUGAUUCUCAUGCUGCGUGCUUGCCAGUAUCGCUAAGAACCCUGCGUGUAUCGCAUGAAACAACUGCAGAACCAGCAUAUAAGGUCCAAGUGUUUGGAUCUUCAGGAGAUGGACUCAUGAGAUCUAGCGAUCUCUGGUCGCCAAUCGCCAGACCCUUCUCGUCCAUAACACCAUAAACCUUCGUGGCGUAUAUCAAAACAAUUGCAUCUCCACUGUUAUGAUUUUAGAGAUAUCACGACUUAAAUAGUUACGAUACCUUUUGACUGUAAAAUUCACACCAUGAAGAUACGUACUAGAAUUUUGGAAUUAUAGUUUAUUUGGAUUCACUAUGUUUGUACACAAGCUAUAGAAAACACACAAGGCUUAAAAUUCAGAAGAUUGAAAUCAAGUACGAUGUGUGUGAACCUUGUCCACCGGCACACCAGAUUCAUGUGUUGCAGGGACAGUUAUAUCAUGGAACCUCCAACCAAGUUAUCGUUCUUCCUGUAUUAAAACACUGGAAGAUUCGUGGGUGCAGAACGUUUGUCCUUGCCACCAAAUUGUUUGGUCAGUGCAUAAAACCAAAAGGCAGCCUUUUUGUUCAAGCACUUAAAUUCAAACUUGUACUUUAAAGCUGUUUACUAGUCACAAACUAUUAAUCUCUCGGACUGACAAAGUGAAGAAAAAAAAAGUUUUAUAACUUUAACAAUUUGUCUUUAAAUGCAUACCAUACACAUGUAUACAGGGCAAUUUGAAGUACUCAGUAGAUGUUUAGCCUACAUGUAUUCUGAACAUAUUCCGAUUGAUCUUAUUCCUCGUUGACAAAACCGCGGUUUUCAAUUUUUCUUACCAACAUGCAUUCUAUUCUUGCAUGGGACUAGCUAGUUUAACGUCACCACACCAUAGCUUAAAAAUGGCCAAGUAACAUGUCUACCAGUUUUUGAAGUUACACUUCUUCGGGCAUGUUGCAACGAAAUGCACGCGCAAUAUUUAACGGAAAUUAAACAGGAUUAUUGCAAUACGCAUGCGCGUUUUCUUCAGUUGUGUUCAAAGGCAAGAAAUACAACGUAGCUCGUUUAUUUUUAAGUGUAUAUCGGUUAGUGUAAUAAAUUAACUGAAAAAAAAAAACAUAUAGGCCUAUUUGGAUAUAUUUUCAAUAUAGAACUAUUUGCUACAACUUCUAGUGCCUAUUUUGCAAAGCUGAACCCACGAACAGAUUAUGCAUUUUGGUUUUCUUCAGGUUUAUUGAUAAUUUAUAAGCCGAGAAAAAAAGUGUAGGAAUCCAAUGGUGUCAACGAUAUUUACCAUUUUUUUUUUUUUUUAGGUUCUCUUUAAUAUGCAGAACGCAUUAUCUCUUACUUUUGAUGCUAAUAAUAUAAUUUUCUUAGGCAGGCCAAAUAAGUAGUUAUAACUUCUAGCGCGAGUACAUAAUAAAUCAAACCCCUUUUGUUUCCUAAGCUUGUUUGCUUAGCUUCAUGCUUAAAUUCCUCAAAAGAAAAAAAUCAUGUGCAAAUAAAGUGCCCUGUGUGUGUAAGAAGUAAAUUGAACGAUUAGCCCAAGUUCUCCAAGAAUUAAAGACUAACUUACUUAAGAUUAUUAAAAGUAUUUGUACUACAAACGUGAGUUAUCAGUUAUCAGUGGAUAGUGGUUGAACACUAUACAUUGUUGUGAUUAAGACGAAAAAACCCAAAUUCUUAAUGGGCUCCAAUCUAUUGUCCACAUGUUCUUAAUUUUCAGUUAUACAUAUACUUUGUUACAUCCAUGAUUAUUUAGCGGAUUCAUUUCUCUCCAGGUUAGGCUAAACUCCCCUAUACAUAAUCAAGUCUUUUUAGAGUGAUUAUUGAUCGAUAACAAGGUCACAUAUUGGUAGGCUAAGCAGGCUAAGGCUUUUGGCAGGCUAAGGCUGAUCAGAAAACCACUUAUUCUCCUCGUUUAUAACUUGCUCAUGGUCUUUCAGGGUGUACAAUCAUUGUGAAGCAGAUACAUAUGGCCAUCAAGUCCGCGUUGCUACCCAAUGAAUCCGCAAAAUAAUUAAUGUUCCAUGUAUAAUUUCAUUUCCGUAGCUGAUCAAUGUUAAAAGAGUCAAACACCAAGCCCGAUGAUUUUUAAAAUGAGACUUCUGUUGCAUUGGUAAAAUAGCUCAUCGUUUUAUACGUUUAUUCCAGUGACACUAGCUUCAUUCAAAAUCGCAGGGAUAUUACUUGUAACAUGUGCACGCGUGGGUUUGAGUCCAUGACGUAAGAACAUGUACUGUAUUGUGUUUGCCUUAAUUAAUGAGUGUUAGACACUAGAUAGUAUUUAUGUGAAAUAUUCAAAGAUAAUUGUUUAGUGUUUAGUCACUUUUUUUCGUUAGGUACCAUUGUCAAAAAGGUCUUUUAAAUAUGUGUAACUGUUUUGAACUAAUGUAGGUAUGUAUUACCAUCUGACUAGUGUGCAGGAAUUGUAUGCUUUUGUAUCGGACAUUAAAAGAAUGUGAACCAUUGUUAACAUGUGUUGUAUUCUUGAAGUGAAUUCUAAAAAUAUAACAAAUAGAAAUAUACAUAAUUUUUUUAGACGCAUGCAUAUUUGUUUAUUGUUUAAAAUAAAUAACUUGUAAGAUGUU